UCACAAACAUAGAAGAAAAAAACAAAACAAAACUGGCCAUUUGUUUCAAGCUGAAGAUUUUUGGACCCACAGUUCUGCAACUAUUUCCACACGUGUCAACCUCUUCCUUUGCAUGGCAUCUCACACCUCUUUACCACCUUCACUUUAAGACUCUCUCCCAGACUUCAUCCCUGCUUUCCCUUCAAGCAUCAGUUUCCAUUUCCUUUCUUUUCCUUCUCCUCGUACUUGUUCACGGCUUUCUUGAACUGGGUUCACUAUUUACUUUUAAUAUACAUGGCAAAACAAGAUUCAGUUUUCAUCAAGUACCUAUCUUUACUUCUAGUGUUAUUAUUGCUUUUUGAAGCAGGACGAGCCGCCCGGUUGAAUCAGUGGGAGUCUGGAAUCCGACUGCCUACAGAGAAAGAUGAACCGCAAGAUGAAGAUGAUCCGCAACUUGGAACAAGAUGGGCUGUUCUGGUGGCUGGUUCAUCUGGCUAUGAUAAUUACAGGCAUCAGGCAGAUGUAUGCCACGCCUAUCAGCUGUUAAGGAAAGGAGGAUUGAAGGAAGAGAACAUAGUGGUGUUUAUGUACGAUGACAUAGCCAUGCAUAAGCUGAAUCCGAGGCCAGGAGUCAUCAUCAACAAUCCCAAAGGCGAUGAUGUUUAUGCUGGCGUGCCUAAGGAUUACACGGGUGUGCAUGUUACCGCCGCAAAUCUGUAUGCAGUACUUCUUGGUAAUAAAAGUGCUCUGAGUGGAGGAAGUGGAAAGGUUGUUGAUAGCAAACCCAAUGACAGAAUAUUUCUAUUCUACUCAGACCAUGGAGGCCCUGGAGUUCUUGGGAUGCCAAAUUUGCCAUUUCUGUAUGCCAUGGAUUUUCUUGAUGUCUUGAAGAAGAAACAUGCAGCGGGAAGGUACAAAGAGAUGGUUAUAUAUGUAGAAUCUUGUGAAAGUGGGAGUGUCUUUGAAGGCAUAAUGCCCAAAGAUCUUAAUAUUUAUGUAACAACAGCAUCGAAUGCGCAAGAGAGUAGCUGGGGAACUUAUUGUCCUGGGAUGGAACCUUCUCCACCUACAGAGUAUACCACUUGUUUAGGAGAUUUGUACAGUGUGGCUUGGAUGGAGGACAGUGAAACUCACAAUCUGAAGAGAGAAACUGUGAAGCAACAGUAUGAAACCGUAAGGGAACGGACUUCCAAUUUCAACUCUUACACUUUUGGCGGAUCGCAUGUGAUGGAAUACGGGAAUACAACCAUUAAAGCUGAAAAACUUUGUUUGUAUCAAGGUUUUGAUCCUUCUACCGUAAACUUUCCUCCAAAUGAAUUGACCCACAUGGAAGCUGUUAACCAGAGAGAUGCAGAUAUUCUCUUUUUAUGGCAUAUGUACAAAAAUUCAGAAGAUGGAUCAAAGAAGACAGAGAUACUCAGACAGAUUACUGAGACUAUGAGGCAUCGGAUCCACUUGGAUGGCAGCAUUGACUUGAUUGGAACACUCUUGUAUGGACCAGCAAAAGGUUCUGGCAUUCUCAACUCUGUCAGGGAACCUGGUUUGCCCCUUGUUGAUGACUGGCAGUGCUUGAAAUCCAUGGUUCGCUUGUUUGAAACACACUGUGGGUUACUAACCCAAUACGGCAUGAAACACAUGCGUGCAUUCGCCAACCUUUGCAACAGUGGUGUUUCCCAAUCCUUAAUGGAGCAAGCUUGUGUUGCUGCAUGCAGCGGCCAUGAUACAAGGCAGUGGCAUCCGUCAAAUCAAGGCUAUAGCGCUUGAUUGUGGAAAAUAUGCACAAAGGACUUGCUACCAUUAUAUCUGAAUCUUUCAAAAUUAGUGUUAUAUGUUUGGAUUUCUGCUAGUUGCACUUCUCUCCUGCAUAUAUGAUUGUGGCUACCUAGCAGAUUUUUAGAGAUGAAGCUUAUGCAUAAGUAGGUAAAGUAAGGUAAACAGAAAGAACUCUUUUACGGUAUUAAAUGAUAUUAAUGCCCAUUGAAUACA